AUGAAGGGCAAGAAACGCGCCCUGAAGGGUAAAACUGAAGAAGGUGACAAGAACCAUGUUCUGAAGGAUGCACUUGAAGAGGAUGGCAAGGAACACGCCCUGAAGGAUGAAGUUGAAGAAGAAGAUGAUGAUGAUGACAAGAAAAAGGUUCUCAAGGAUGAAACCCAAGGGGAGCUGCCAUACGCGACUCGGAUCGAGGCUAUCAGAGCACUCUCUGCGCACCCUAUGAAACGAAGAGCUGCCCUUAUAAAGGUAGCUGCACAUCGGAUACAUCGCCAUGUCCUUAGACAUGACGCUAGAUCGAAUUAUGGAGAUUCUGAUAACACUGAUAUACCGCCAUGCCUUCCCUCUUACCAUACUCCCAUGACAAAUGAUCUGAGAAAUUAUGACAUCCAAGCUAUGGAGGCUGUUUGCGAUGAUGUGCAGGCUGUGUUGAAUCGUACUCAAUGGGAAGUCGAGAUGCUUACUGACCAGAUGAUGGAGCUAGAGCCUAAGUCAAAGACCAAGCUGGAGAUCGAGGAAAAACAGGAAGAUUUGUCUGCUUGGUUGUAG